AUGUCCCGCGACAAUCUCAUCAUCUCCGACAAUGACACUGACGUUCAAGUGGACUUUCCAGCUGAGGACCAAACCUCUCAGGAAGAUAACGCUCAUGAAAACAAAAGAAGGAGAAAAGCAGACGGCAAAGAGCGAAAGAAAAGAGCAAUAAAGACAGGCCGUGCGUCAAGCAUCGAAGACACAGAAGAGCACACUCAGAAACACAACCGGAAGAGAAACGGCUCGAAAAAUCACAAACAUGACAAAGAAAAAGAUCAAGCCAAAAAAUAUCAGAACAAUAAAGAAGAAGAAGGAGAGAUAAAGAGAAAAGCUGCGAAGAGCAAGAAAAACCUGAAGAAUGAACAAACCAAAAAGAAGGAACAAGACUCAGAGAAAUCAGGAACAAAGAAAAGAAGCAAAGAGAAAAAGAGGAAAGACAGUGCCGAAAAAGACACAAAAGAAAAAGAAAAGGCAAAGAAAAAGAAGAAAGUAAUUGAAACAAGCUCUGAGCCAGAGUCCAGUGAAGAGGAGAAUGAGGAGGAGGAGGAGGAGGAGGAUGUGGUGAGGCCUGAAACACUCACACCGGAAGAACUGGAGAAACUGAAGGAGGCGGUGGAGGACAGGAAAAAACUAAUCCAGGGUCUGAGAGGAAAGCCUUGGCCAAUGAAAAAGAAACUAGUCACUUUAAAGGAGUCCCAGAUGUUUGUGGAGAAAUAUGAAGGGGCUCUUGGCAAAGGCAAAGGAAGGAAGUUUUAUGCUUACAAAGUGAUGAUGACCAAAAAAUGGCUGAAAUUUAAACGAGAUUUUGAAAAUUUUAAAACUGCUUGCAUCCCAUGGGAAAUGAAAAUAAAGGAAAUAGAAAGCCAUUUCGGCUCCUCUGUGGCAUCGUACUUCCUCUUUCUGAGGUGGAUGUACGGUAUCAACAUGAUUUUGUUUGGUCUGACAUUUGGCUUGGUCAUGGUACCUGAGGCGUUGAUGGGGCAUCCUUACGGCAGUUUACCGAGAAAGACAGUACCCAGACCAGAGGAGGGCAGUGCCAUGGACUUUGCCGUUUUAUGGGAUUUUGGUGUCAGUAGAUUCCUAAAAGGUUAUGCACAGUAUUCAGUUCUUUUUUAUGGUUAUUAUAAUAACCAGCGCGCCAUUGGCUGGCUAAAAUACCGCUUGCCUCUGUCUUACUUCCUGGUUGGUGUGGGCACCGUUGCCUAUAGCUACAUGGUGGUUAUUAGAACAAUGGCUCGCAAUGCAAAUGAAGGUGGAAUUGGAGAUGACAAUAGCUUUAAUUUCAGUUGGAAAACAUUUACCAGCUGGGACUAUCUAAUUGGAAACCCUGAAACCGCAGACAAUAAAUUUGCCUCCAUAACCACAAGUUUCAAGGAAGCAAUCUUGGAAGAACAAGAAAGUCGAAAAGAUGACAAUAUCCACCUGACACGUUUUCUGCGGGUUCUGGCCAAUUUCCUGGUGCUUUGCUGCUUGGCAGGAAGUGGCUACCUCAUCUACUUUGUUGUGCGGCGCUCUCAGAAGUUCACUCUGGAUGGAUUGGAGAAUCACAGCUGGUGGGAGAGAAAUGAGGUGAAUAUGGUCAUGUCGUUGCUGGGGAUGUUUUGCCCCAUGCUGUUUGACGUCAUCAGUUCUCUGGAGAACUACCACCCCCGUGUUGCACUGCAGUGGCAGCUGGGACGCAUCUUUGCCCUGUUUUUGGGCAACCUGUACACCUUCAUCAUUGCUCUGAUGGAUGAGAUCAAUGUCAAAAGAGAAGAGGAGAAGAUAGUCAGGUACAACAUCACUAUGUGGGAAGCCAGUCUUUAUAACGGCACCCUAUCAGAAAACAGCACAGCUCCGCCAAUCACAGUGCACCCUGCUGAUGUCCCCCGAGGGCCCUGCUGGGAGACGAUGGUGGGCCAGGAGUUUGUCCGGCUGAUUAUUUCUGAUACCAUGACAACAUACAUCACCCUUCUGAUCGGCGAUUUCUUCAGAGCUGUUCUUGUUCGGUUUCUUAACUACUGUUGGUGCUGGGACCUGGAGGCAGGAUUUCCAUCAUACUCCGAGUUUGAUGUGAGCGGAAACGUCCUGGGUCUAAUAUUCAACCAAGGCAUGAUAUGGAUGGGUGCGUUCUAUGCCCCUUGCCUGCCCGCCCUGAAUGUCCUGCGUCUCCACGUCUCCAUGUACCUCCAGUGUUGGGCCGUGAUGUGCUGCAAUGUGCCACAAGAACGAGUUUUUAAGGCUUCGGGAUCCAACAACUUCUACAUGGCCAUGCUCCUAGUGAUCCUCUUCCUCUCCACUCUCCCAGCUAUCUACACUAUAGUCAGCAUCCCUCCUUCUUUUGAUUGUGGGCCAUUUAGUGGGAAGAAUCGAAUGUUUGAUGUUAUUCAAGAGACUUUGGAGUCCGACUUCCCGGCUUGGUUUGGUAAAGUCUUCAGCUAUGCCUCUAACCCUGGACUAGUGCUUCCCUUCAUAUUACUCAUGGUCCUGGCUAUUUACUACCUGCAGUCCACAUCCAAAAGUUACAAACAGGCUAAUAUGGAGCUUAAGAAGAAACUGCAAACGCAAAAUGAGGAGAACAAGAAAAAGAAUAAAAAAGCUGCACUAAAAGCAGCGAUGGAUCUGGAAGAGGCGAGAAAAGCGGCGACACAAGCAGCACAACUCCAAGCAAAACACAAGCCGCCAUCUCAGCAGUAUGAAAACAUUGAAUGGGACCACGAGCAGAGGCGGUACCACAGACGUGACGUUCGCCAUCAGCCCACGAGAGGCUCCAGACCCCCCCAUCACCAAGAGGCCACUGGGCACCUGCCUGGGGCCCCAGCGCAGCCGAGGAUGCACCGAUCUUCAAACGUGCCAAAACACUGA